ACCCGUUCAUUCCAACCGACACUUUUCUUUCUUGCAGCGCAACGAAAAGACCGUGCAUAAGCUCCAACCACUUUCUAAAUACCCGAGAGGAAUUCAAAAUAAACGCAGAAAUAUGUUCAAGUUACUCGUCGGUUUUGCAAUAAUUGCAAUGGCAUAUGCGCUACCAGCUUCCAACAGUGUCCUAGAUAAGGUUAGUGCGGAUGAUGUUGCUGCCAAUGAUGUGUCGCCAUCGGUUACGAAAUUAGACCAAAUUGCGAAUGUACAUUUCGCCGACGAUAAAAGUCCGUCCAGUACUCCUCCAGUUGUACUCAGUUCUCCUCCUCAUUUAGAAAGCGAUGCUGAAUCAAGCCCAACGCCGUUUCAACCUCAGCAAGCGAGCUCCAUGUUUGCACGUUUAAUUGAUGAUAUAUUCCAGAUUCCGAUAACUGUGCUUCAAUCUGUGGCAAAGUUAAUAACAAAUCCUUUCAAACAACAGGCCCAUGCUACACCAGAAGCAACGUCUACUUAUUAAAUUUGUAUUAUAAGGAAUGUUUGAAAAAUUCAUAAGUUGUGAUAAGAUUUUCUAUUCGGAAAAUGAUGUUUAAUUAAUACGUUUACAUAUUAAAUAUAAUAAA